AUGGGAGUGCGGGCUUCGUUCUCUGUGUUUUGGGUGAACGCUGCGGGGAUCUGCAGGAUAGUUGAUAUUGGUGGAGAAGUAAAGGACUUAUAUUUCCUUACCGUAUCUCUGAUGCUGUCAGCAACUCAAUCGGUGCAGUGGUUAUUUCGAACUAAUGCUCUGAGUCUAAAGUGUGCUUGUCGAGGGCUAACUGCCAGUUCACGGAGUACUUCGAGCAGUGAAAUGUAUCGUUUUCGAUCCCAUGUCCUUCAACAAAGACAGGCAAAAUUAGCCAAGUAUGGUGGACGUCAAAUGGUGACGUUACUUACAGGUGAUGGUGUGGGACCAGAAAUGAUCAACCAUGUGAAGUAUAUUUUUGGCCAUGCUGAUGUACCGGUAGAUUUUGAGGAAACGCCGUUAAGCUCAGAUAUGAGUCAUUCGGAUGCUGGUAUGGAGUAUGCUUUGUUGUCGACUCGUCGAAAUGGAGUAGCUUUAAAAGGCAACAUUGAAACUAAAUUUGAUGUUCCACAGUUUAAAUCAAGGAAUGUUGAAUUACGGCGGCGUUUGGAUCUUUAUGCUAAUAUUUUGCACUGUGUGAGCAUACCUUCAAUUCCAUCACGACACAGUAAUCUGGAUAUAUUGGUCAUCAGAGAGAAUGUGGAAGGUGAGUAUUCAGGACUUGAACAUGAGGCCAAAAAAGGAGUCGUUGAAAGUCUGAAGAUUGUUACACGUGCGAAUAUUGAACGGAUUGCCCGUUUUGCAUUCGAAUAUGCAGUAACUUUCAAAAGGAAGAAAGUUACAGCAAUUCAUAAAGCUAACAUACAAAAACUUGCAGAUGGCUUAUUCUUAAGAGUGUGCAAGGAAAUAGCCGAGAAUGAAUAUCCACAAUUGCAAUUCGAAUCAAUGAUUAUUGAUAAUGCAUCGAUGCAACUUGUUUCUCGUCCGCAGCAGUUUGACAUUAUACUUUUACCUAACCUCUACGGUAACAUAAUUUCGAACAUAGCUUGUGGCCUCAUUGGUGGAGCAGGGUUAGUAUCAGGUGUCAACAUUGGUUCCAAAUAUGCUGUUUUUGAAACGGGAACCAGAGGCAGUGGCACUAAAAUAGCUGGUAAAAAUAUUGCGAAUCCAACUUCCUUUAUUCGGGCUAGUGUAGAUAUGCUGAAAUAUUUGGGACUAGAUAAUUAUGCAAAUCUGAUUAGUGAUUCCUUGUUUAUUGCACUCACAGAACGACAUAUGCAUACUGCUGAUGUUGGAGGUACGGCUAAGACGAGUGAAGUUGUGAAUGUAACAAUGGAAAUAAUGGAUAAGCUAAGAGAAAAUUAUAUUCAGUGA